UCUUCAAACUUUAGUUCCAGAAUCCAGAGCCCUCCACAAGGAAAAAAAUAUUAUCGACAAUUAAAGUCUUUUCCUCAUCGAUAGAAACAGAAUAAAAAACAAGCAAAAAAAGAUUUCCUUUUUGCUAUUCCGUCCCACCAAACCUCCUCCCGCCCGCAGCCGUAGCGUAGCUGAAUUGUCCCGCUUCUUCUCCGGGCGGCGAGAGGCUGCUGCGCGCGUACUGUCUCCGGCGAGUGGUCGGUCUCCUCCGCGCGCGGCUGAGGAGAUCCCACGGGGGCUUGGGUUUGGGGCGUGCAUGAAGGGGUUUUCGCUGAUGCCGAUGAAGACUCCGACCAGGCUUCUGUGGAGCACCAGUUUCUUCCGCCACAAGAUCGCCGAAAUCCUCGCCUCCUCCUCCUGCUUCUUAUAAGUCCUUCGAUCCCCCGCCACCGUCGUCGGCAGCUAGCUCCUGUACAUACGUCGACGCACGUAUAGUUAAUUUCCUCCCCCCAAGAAGUAAUUAAGGCAAAUAAUCUCCAAGGUUCGAUCUUGAUCCAUGGAGUCUGGUCGGCUCAUCUUCAACCCGACGGGCUCCGGCGCCGGGCAGAUGCUCUUCCUGGACUGCAGCGUGGGCGGCCCCGACAGCGGCUUGUUCCAUCGAGGCGGGAGACCGGUGUUCGGUCUGGAAGAAGGGCGCGGCGUAAAGCGGCCCUUCUUCACCUCCCCCGACGAGCUCCUCGAGGAGGAGUACUACGACGAGCAGCUUCCGGAGAAGAAGCGCCGCCUCACCCCGGAGCAGGUGCAUCUGCUGGAGCGGAGCUUCGAGGAGGAGAACAAGCUGGAGCCGGAGCGCAAGACGGAGCUGGCGCGGAAGCUGGGGCUGCAGCCGCGCCAGGUCGCCGUCUGGUUCCAGAACCGGCGCGCCCGGUGGAAAACCAAGCAGCUCGAGCGCGACUUCGACCGCCUCAAGGCAUCCUUCGACGUCCUCCGCGCCGACCACGACGUCCUCCUCCAGGACAACCACCGCCUCCAUUCACAGGUGGUGUCGUUGACCGAGAAGCUGCAAGAGAGGGAAGCGGCGGAGGGCAGCGCCGGCGCCACGGACUUGCUGGCGGACGUGAAGGUUUCGUUUGCCGUCGACGGAGACGCCGAGCAGCCGGCGGCAGCGGCAGCGCUCGAGGUGCAGCAGGUGAAGUCCGAGGACAGGGUGAGCACGGGCAGCGGGAGCGCGGUGGUUGACGCGGACGCGCUGCCCAGCGCCGGCUGCCGGAUCGCCGCCGCCGUGGACAGCAGCGUGGAGUCGUACUUCCCUGGCGGCGACGACCAGUUCCAUGACUGCGCGAUGGGUCCCGUGGACCACGGCGCGGGGGAAUUCCAGUCGGAGGAGGACGACGGCGCGGGCAGCGAUGAGGGAUGCAGCUACUACGCCGACGAUACCGCCGCCGCCGCAUUCUUCGCCGGACACGCCCACCACCACGCGGACGACGACGAGGACAACGGCCAGAUCAGCUGGUGGAUGUGGAACUAGGCAUCCAGUCCUGCGCCGCGCGCCAAAAUCUUGUGUUAAACAUAGUGCCUUUUCCUUUCUGCAAGUCGUUGUAAUUGUGAAUUAUCAAGAAGGUGUAUGCAUGCAUGGUAGGGUAAAAUUGGAUAAUUAAUAUCGUUAAUUGCAGUCUGUCGUGGUGUUUGAGAGGAUCAAGAUAGUAGGGGAGAAAUAAGUGCAUGGAGGCAGGGACUCUUUUCAUGGCACAAUGCAUUAUGUCAAGUGAGAUUUAGUCAUCAUCAUGUCGUUCCAGUUUUUGUCAAGAUCAAAUGGAGUCGUUAAUCUACUAAGUGCAUUUUCGCAUGAUUAA